CUAUGAUCAGAUUCAGAGCCCAUUGUGAAGGAAGCAUAGCCUACUUAAAAAACCCGCUAAUAAACUGGCUACCUCAAAAAUGAAUCUGUUGUAUUUACCAUUUUGAAUUAUACGUCUGUACUGGAGAGCUGGUGAAGAUGGGCUGCUGCUCGGGGAGGAGUGUGUUGAUGUUCUUCUGCGCUCUUCAGCUGAUCACUGCUGUGGAGAGACAGGUGUUUGACUUUCUAGGUUACCAGUGGGCGCCCAUCCUUAUCAACUUCCUGCACGUCAUUGUGGUGAUAUUGGGCUUGUUUGGGACAGUCCAGUAUAAGCCCCGCUAUGUCGUUUUGUAUAUAGUCUGGAUUGUAUUUUGGGUGACUUGGAAUGUCUUCAUCUGUUGCCUUUAUCUGGAUCUUGGAGGGCUUUCAAAGGACAGUGAUUAUCUGUCACUGGGACUUUCGUCUCAUCGCUCAUGGUGGAAGGACAACGGUCCAGGCUGUGAGAGCAGAAACCUCCCAACCACUAGAUGGCAGCAUCUGGAAAGUCCUGCUCGGGUCUCUGAGCUGGGCUGUGUAUUAGAGUAUCAGUACAUCGAAGUUAUGCACAGCUUCCUGCAACUGUUCAUUUCUGCCCUGGGAUUUGUAUUUGCCUGCUAUGUUGUCAACAUCUUCAGUGAAGAGGAAGACACAUGUUUAUUUGUAUAAGUGACAGUGUCCAGAUCUCAUCAACAUCUUUUUCUCAGAGAGAAAAGAAACAUUGAAAAUGGAAAUAGAUGGAAGAUAGGGACAUUAACCAUUCUCAGAAUGGACCAGAUUGGAUGGAACAGAUAUGUUUAAACAUAACAGUACACAAAAUGU